GUUCUGAUAAACCAAUGUCUUGGAUACAUAAGCGCUAAGUGAUGCCGUAUUGUGCUCGUACUUCGAAUAUUCUCGCCAUUCUCUUUGUCUUGACGCAUCAUGAAUUACUCGAGACAAAGGGCCUCUACCUGAUCCUUUUAACCCAAAUUUCUCAGUUCUUAGUUCGCACUCGAACAAUAACAUUGUCGCUCGAAGUUUCCAAGGAGCUGAUUAAUAUUGUUCGAAUCAGAAAUAGGUAUAUAUGUACUGACUGAGACAACUCCACGAUGAAGAUAGGUAAUCGAUUGCCCAAAUACAAUAACGAAAAUGUCUGCCUUUAGUAACAACUUGGAAUCUACGCCCGAAGAACACUCGACGACGCCAUGCACGGCGAACCUGAGUCACAUCCUCGGCCGCGAAAUCGCAUUCGAAAAACAGCCUCGACGCAUCCAGAAGAUGAUACUUGAGACAGCUGCCAUUGAAGGUCAGCUUACCGAGCUAUUCCAGAAAGCUAAGAAUUGUAACUCGGCUCUGGCUUGCGGGUUGACUGUUGACUACCUACAUCUCUUUAAGGAAUAUAAUUCCAUAGUACAUGAUAUUGACGAUGCGUUUCGGGAAAUGAAUGAUUUGAGUGCGCCGCCAGAACUGCUGGUACGUUGGGCUAUUAUGGUUUACAAGACAACGGAGCGUAUGAUACCUGCUGUUCAACUGCUUGCUAAUGUUCAGGUUGAUGCGCAAGACCCCGAGCAAACACGUAGAGACAUUGACGAGGCCGUUAAAGCGAUAUUCAUUGCCUACGAACCUAUGGACAAAGUUGAAGAAGAGAUCACAGAUGCCUGCCCUCUCCAACCUUCCGAACUAGCUAAUUUGGCUCAAAUGACUCGGAUUGUCAAGAGGCCUAUUUCUACACAAUCUUCAGAGAGUGAUGAAUCCGACGACGAAUCCGAGGAUAGUAGAGACGUGUUUAGCGAUGAAUUCGACGAGGAUCUGGACUUUCCAAGAGACAGUGAAGGGUAUAUCAACUUAGACGAGUACAAGUUUUCAACAGAUGGUGGACGUAUCAUUUUAGAGGAACUAAAAGCCCAAAAACCCACGUAAAAGCCAGGCGCUAAUAUACGUGGAAUGGCAAGAGAAUAUUUCGUGUUAAUGGAAUAUUAACAUCAUACUAUGCCUAAGUAGAAUGGUAAAACUUCCCAUUCCUCAACCGCUAAAUUAAAAUAUACAGCACAUACCUAGAUCCUAUUCUUAAGUAAGCAUUCCACCUAGAAUUUAGAACACAAUGUAAAUGUAGUGCAAGAACUUUAGCCAGUGUUUAUUUCUGUCGAAGUGAAGUCUUUCUGUCUGUCACAACGUACCUACAUACCUAGGUAAUCAACCGUCGUUAGCAGAAUAAUGUCGAAUAGAUCUUAUGGUGUAUUCGAGUUCAGGUGUCUAGAUG